AUGCCUGGGGCCUACGCUGUUGCUGGGAUUGGGAUAUGGGACAAUAACCACCACCACCACGAGGAAGGCUGGGAAGAUUUGGAGGGCAGAGAAUCACUACCAGAUUCUCCUACUGUUACACAACCAAUGGGAGAAGAAGAAAAUACUGAUUCGCUACUGGUACUUUUUACAUCAUCUCCGAUACCUCCACUAGAUACAAAGCCAAUGCCCAAGCAGUACUGGAGACAAAGGCUGUUUCGUGUUCUUUCACUGGAAGUCAAUGUGGUUCUCUUGGCAGUGGUUGUGGUACUCUUGGCAUUCAUGGCAGUGUCUAUUACAAACAAUGGCAGCACCAACACAAACAGCCAAUCAACUGCCAUUCAAAUUUCUGGAUCUCUAGAACUAUCAUCUCUAGAACUAUCAAAGCCAACCAUGGCACCAACGAGCUUUCUGGAUUCUCUCAAUCUACCACAGUAUACACUGGAAGCUUUAGAAAACCCCAGGACUCCUCAGUCCAAGGCAUACCAAUGGCUCACUAACAAUCUCAACAACAGCAACCAAAACUCUACCCUCCAGGAUCUGCCAAAAUGGAGACAACUGCAGAGAUUUGCUUUGGCCACUUUCUACUACUCUACACGUGGAGACUAUUGGGUCAAAAAGCAUGGCUGGAUGGACUGGGAAACUGAUGAAUGCAACUGGGAACAAAGGUUAAGUUUUCGCCUAGAUGACUCUCCGGAAGAACUCAACUGCAAUGCGAUCGGGGAAAUCAAGGCAUUGUCAUUUAGGAAUGCCAACAACAUGGAAGGAACACUUCCACCAGAGAUCUCAAUACUGGGCAACAGCUUGCAACUACUGGCAAUGAAUUGGCAAUUGGAGCUCACAGGGAACAUCCCUUCCGAGGUUGGACUUUUGACAAAAUUGACUGAAUUGGGGUUGACGACCACAAAGCUAUCUGGCUCUCUUCCAACAGAGCUGGGUCUACUACAGACUUUAAAUGGGUUUAUGAUUUCUGGGAUGUUUUCUGGGACCAUCCCUGCCGAGCUUGGCAAUUUGGGCAAUCUCACAGAUUUCUCACUGCAGCAGACAAAUCUAACAGGGACGUUCCCCAAUAACUUCUUCAAGAUAUGCGGGUUAGAGACAUUCUUUGUUGAUGAUUGCCCUGGACUGGACACAGAAAGUGUCCCUGAACUCGUUGCUAGAGGCAUGCCGAAGCUUAGACUGUUUGCCCUUUCAAACAGAGUUCUAGGGGAAGAGAUACAUAUUCCAACCGAACUGGGUAUUUUGAGUGAACUGGAAUUUCUGCAACUGAGUGAUUGGUAUCUCAAUGGCACAAUCCCGGAUGAGCUUGGGAAGUUGACAAAGCUGUCACUCUUGGAUUUGUCAAAGAAUGGCAUUUCUGGAAACUUUCCAAGUUUUUUGUCUAAGUUUGACAACCUUGGCUAUUUGAAUAUUCAUGCAAACCAUUUUGAAGGCAAACUUCCUCCCCAUCUUAUUGCACAGCUGCCAAAGCUGCAAAAGCUAUACAUCAGUGAAAAUCAGUUCUUUGGUUCCAUUCCAACAGAAGUUGGCCUAGUUUCCAGUCUGAAGAAGCUAGAAAUGCAGAAUACCAACUUAUCUGGCACACUUCCCUCUGAAUUGCUUGCCUUGGAAAACUUGACAAGCUUGGUAGUGGCAAACACAUCACUGUCAGGCAGCAUCCCUGAACAAUUAUGUGGCAAAAUGUAUCAGCAGGAGCUCAAGUGUUUUGGUGAACACUGUUACAACCAAGUCCAGCAUGAGAAUCUAAUUUGCCAGGGAACCUGCCUGUGUGGCUGUGAUUGUGAUCUAUGCCAGUAG